GACCAAGUUCCAUUGUGGCGGAGCAAGGUUUGUGCACUCAGCCAGCCACAGGCGUCGCCGAGCUGGGUGAAGGCCGCACCGCCCCGGCACCGCGUCCACGCCGCCUGCAUCGGCGCUCUGUGUCGCUUGCCUGGGCAACGCACAGCGGACUCUCCAUUCGUGUGGAGUACGUACGGCCCGGGACGGAGCCCGAGAGUGUUGGAAAAGGAGAACCAGGUCGGAGGUCUCAGGGUCGCUGAGGUGGAAGACACUGCUUAGCUCCCGGAAUCCGACCGUGUGGCGCUGGCGCGAGUCGGAAGCAGAGAGCCACGGAGUGGAGCGUGCAUCUAGAAACCGCCCCGCAGCCUGUCCAUCCUCGGCCAGGCUGGAGGCCCCCCAGGGGUCAGUGUGGGGGAGGCAGGCUCCCCCUAGCACAACUGGAACAGAGAGAGCCGAGCAGGCGUACAGAGGCUCCAGGGCCCUCAGAGACCUCAGAGGGGCUGCUGGGCCCCCUGUGGCGGGAACAGGGCGUUCAGGACGGUGCCCGCCCCUCCCCACCACGUGUGCCCCGGCUCACUCUGGUUUUGUAGGAUGAAGCCCCAGCCAGUGGUCCAGCAGUCGGGCCGGUGCUGGAACAUGGCAGUGGAGGAGAGCACGCAGACGGGCUGGACGUAGGCGCUGUAGGUCACAUGGGAGGCCAGCUCCACCAGGGCGACGUCGUGGUGCAUGUGAUGUGCCCUGGGGUGCGCAAUGAUUCUGCUCACGCGGUAGCGGCUCAGGGGCAGCAGUGACGCAAGGGGCCCAGAUCCAGCGGCAGAGCACAGGCCUCCUCCUGCCCUCUCCCCAGACUCACGUUCCGAAGCAGUGGGCGGCCGACAGCACCCAGCGGUGGUUCAGCAGGGUGCCCCCACAGAAGUGACUGUUCGGCAGCGACAAGUGGGCCAUCCACGGCCAGCGCCCGCGGGCCGACUCCACGCCGCCCACGAUCAGCGGCUUAUUUUCCCGCUCUCCGCAGGGCUCUGCGGUGGACAGAGACACGCACUGAGGGGGCAGCCACAGCCCAGCCCGCCCACCCUCGCCCCGGCUGUGUGAGGACCGGGGAUCCCUGGAGAAGCGCGCGGGCCCCCGGGUCGCCCCGCCGGGGAAGCAGGUGACACCGGACCCUCCCCGCACAGCCCGCCCCGCCCCCGGGCCCGUCGGUUACUUGAGAACAGCUCCGUGUUCAUGGGACCUGCAGCGGAGGAGAGGAGGGGUGAGGCGUGCCGCGCACCGCACCUGGCCCGGCUGCUCCGCGCGCAGCGCGUCCUGCGCGCCCUACCUGGCAGGAAGUCCUCUUCGCCCGAUUCUGCGCGGAGAACACAAGAGCCGCCGGAAGCGAACCUGUUGUCAGGGCCGUGUGGCCACCAGACCAUCCCUACGCGCGUGGUGGGCGGAGAAGACGCGGAGCUCGGUCGCUGGCCCUGGCAAGGCAGCCUGCGCCAGUGGGGCACGCACAUCUGUGGAGCGAGCCUGCUCAGCCGCCGCUGGGCGCUCACCGCGGCCCACUGCUUCCAGUCGUCCAACGACGCCUUCGAGUUUACAGUCCAGUUUGGCGAGCUGUCUGCCAGGCCGGCCUUCUGGAACCUGCAGGCCUACUACAACCGUUACGGGGUGGACAAUAUCUUCCUGAGUCCGGGCUUCAAGGACGAGUCCCCCUAUGACAUCGCCUUGCUGAAGCUCUCUAGCUCCGUGGGCUACACUGACAACAUCCAGCCCAUCUGUCUGCUGCCCUCCACAGCGGAGUUCGUGAACCGGACCGACUGCUGGGUGACCGGCUGGGGCAAUGUGGAAGAGGAAGAGAUCCUGCCGUAUCCCUACACCCUCCAGGAAGUGCAGGUCGCCAUCAUCAACACCUCCAUGUGUAAUCACCUGUACCAGAGGACUGACUUCCGCUGGACCAUCUGGGGAGACAUGGUCUGCGCUGGCGAUCCCCAAGGGGGCAAGGACUCCUGUUUUGGUGACUCGGGUGGACCCCUGGUGUGUGACACAGAUGGCCUGUGGUAUCAGAUUGGAGUCGUGAGCUGGGGAAUAGGCUGCGGUCGGCCCAACCGGCCCGGCGUCUAUACCAACAUCACUCACCACUACCGCUGGAUCCAGCACGUGAUGAGCCAAAACCACACGCCCAGGCCUGGCCACUGCUCCGUGCUGCUGUUCCUGGCCCUACUGUGUGCUCUGGGAAUCCAGGAGCCCACAGGACCCUGGGCCAGCUGUGGCGUCAGGAGCCCCGCCCCCCAUCCCAUUUCCGAAUAAAUGCCUUAAGUGAGGGCCUGGCAAAG